CUGCUAUCACCCCCGGGAGGCCCCCCCAAUCUGAUGAGUCCGCGACGUGGACUUUGUCGUUCGACAGAACCGGCUUUCGCAUCACCAUCGUCACCACCACCUCCAUCACCACCAGCAUCAUCACCACCACCACCAUGUCCUCGCGCAAGAUCUCCUCUGAAUCGUUCAGCAGCUCGGUUGGCUCGGACUGUGGGCUCGAGAGCCCCGGGGGAGACACCGGGGGAGACGGUGCGGAUUCGGUGGAGGGUCGCGGAUGUCCUUUUUCCUUCUCGGCGUCCCAGCGCACAGCGGUCUUCUGGAACGGCCGGAGCCCCGUAGAGAAGCAGGGAUGCCCGUUCAGCGGCGGCAGUAGCAGCGAGAAGCCAGGGCCAGGGGGCCCCAUCAAGAGGGCCACGAGGCGGAGACGCGUGAACCUUGAUUCGCUAGGGGAGAGCCUGAGGAGGCUGACCUCACCUACGACCCAGACUGUCCAGGAGGCCCUCCAAAGAACCCUUGAGUUCUACAGACAACAAGAGAUCAGGUGCAGAGAGGACGGCAGUGAGGAGAGAUGCAAGCUGGAAAAGUGCCCAUAUCUGGAAAAGUCUGGUUCAGAAGAGGACAUCUCAGGAACUCUGCACUACAUGGCCACUAUACUUGGGGUGCCGUACUGUGAGCUGCGUGAGCACUUCGGCGAGGACUUCUUCAGCCUCUGCUUUGAGGAGAACGAGAGGGUCCUCCGGGCGGUGGGGGGAAACCUCCAGGACUUCUUCAACGGCUUUGACGCCAUCCUGGAGCACAUCCGCACAUCCACCGGGCGCAGGGCCUCGUCCGAGAGCCCCUCCUUCCAGUGCAAGGACCCCCACGACGAGACCCGAGGGAGGGAGGUGCGCCUGGUGGGCGGGGUCGGGCACGGCGAGGGCCGAGGGAAGACGCUCCUGCUCCAUUGUUUAAACCCCGCCCCCGUGGUGGGCUUGGUCAUGCCGGGGUUGAUCAGAGCCGUCGCCAGGCGGAUUUUCCACUCCGAAGUCAGGGUGGAGGAAGUCCCGCCCCUCACUCCCCUGUCUCCGAACGAUGACGCAGACCACUCUGGCGGCGAGUCCCCGACUCCCACCCCCUCCCCCAGCACCUCUCCCCCCUCCUCCCCAUGGCCUCUCUCUCCCUGUCCGUCCUCCUCGUCCGCCCCCGUAUGCCUGUCCUUCCUCAUCAGGGAGACCUCUCCUGCCUCGCUCCCCGCCCUCUCAAACACUCCCUCCGGGACCGCCCCCAGCAGACCCCCCCUGUCGCUGUCCACGAGCCCCACCGACCUGUGCAUCGGCCUGGCCACCUUCUGCAGGGCCUUCCCCUUCCACCUGGUGCUGGGACCCCGCAUGGAAGUACUGCAGCUGGGCGAGGGGCUGAGGAGGCAGGCCCGCAUCGAGCCCCUCCGCAGCUUCUGCUUCAAGGACUGCUUUGAGAUCGUCUCGCCCAAGAUCGAGCCCUCGUUCAAGGGCAUCCUGGUGCGGCUGGCGUCGCCCUUCACCAUCCGCACCAGGCCGGACAGCACACAGUCUGGCACCAAGGAGAAGGUGAUGGAGCUGAAAGGCCAGAUGAUCCACCUGCCUGAGUCCAGCUCCCUUAUGUUCCUGGGCUCGCCGCGGGUGGACAAGCUGGAGGAGCUGAUGGGCCGGGGGCUCCACCUGUCAGACAUCCCCAUCCACGACGCCACGCGGGACGUCAUCCUGGUGGGGGAGCAAGCCAAGGCCCAGGACGGCCUCAAGAAGAGGAUGGACAAGCUCAAGGCGACGCUGGAGAAUACCCACCAGGCCCUGGAGGAGGAGAAGCGGCGAACGGUGGACCUCCUCUACUCCAUCUUCCCGGGCGACGUGGCCCAGCGGCUGUGGCAGGGCCAGCCCGUGCCGGCGCGCAAGUUUGAGGACGUAACCAUGCUGUUCUCGGACAUCGUGGGCUUCACGGCCGUGUGUGCGCAGUGCACGCCCAUGCAGGUCAUCUCCAUGCUCAACGAGCUGUACACGCGCUUCGACUACCAGUGCGGCAUCCUGGACGUGUACAAGAUUGAGACCAUAGGCGAUGCCUACUGUGUGGCAGGUGGACUACAUAAGAAGAUUGACAGCCAUGCUAAGCCAAUCGCGCAGAUGGCUCUGAAGAUGAUGGAGCUUUCAGAGGAAGUACUCACCCCUGACGGCAAGCCCAUCAAGCUCAGAAUAGGCAUCCACACAGGCUCACUGCUAGCUGGCGUGGUCGGAGUUAAGAUGCCACGCUACUGUCUGUUUGGCAACAAUGUGACCCUGGCCAGCAAGUUUGAGUCUGGGAGCCAUCCCAGAUGUAUCAACGUCAGUCCAACAACCUACCAGCUGCUGAAGGAUGACCGCUCAUUUUCGUUUGUCCCGCGGUCUCGGCUGGAGCUCCCAGACAACUUCCCCAAAGAGAUCCCAGGAACUUGCUACUUCCUGGAGGCGGGGACAUCACACAGCCACGCCUCUCUCACCAGCUCUCGCUCCGCCCCUCCGGCCUCUAUGAGGAAAGUCUCCUAUAGCAUCGGGACCAUGUUUCUAAGGGAAACAAGCUUAUAGGUCUCAGAUGGAGAACCAGAUAAAUUGAUAUUCAUGUUAUGAUUUACUGGCUCAGAUGCACAGGAGGCCGUAAACAUGUGGGAAGCCAUACACACACGGAUCUAUGGAUAUGCACACGCUUUGUGUAUCACGUUGGAUUUCAAAUGGCUGAAAACAUAUUGCUGGUACAAGGAAAAUGCAAAAUUCCCUACCGGCCAGGAACUGUGAGGUACAUUCUCAUACUGAAAUCAGAUGGGAAUUAUUCACUAAGGAUGUUACUACGGGACAGCUUUCCAAAUUCACAAGGACAAGACCGA